CACUCAAGCCCACCUUAGGUUACAAGCGCAGACGCACUUGAACCUACGGUUGGGUUGCACGCAGCCUUUCGCCAUCACGUGGAGAGACAGGACCCUUCGUUUCUAACUUCUCCUUGUUCGAGGCCAGUCAAACCCCAGCUCUCCUCAAUAGGAUGAAGUUAAGGAGACCAACUUUGUGCUGAAGGUGCAGAUUUUAAUUCCAUAAUGAAGGUUUCAUCUUCAGAGAAGAUAUCCCUGAACAAGGAAUCAUUGACAUUCAAGGAUGUGGCUGUGCAUUUCACUUAUGAAGAAUGGAAACAUUUGGACCCUUCUCAGAAGGACUUGUAUAGGGAAGUCAUGCUGGAAAACUACAGGAAUGUCGUAUUCCUGGGAAUUCCAGUUUCCAAACCUAAUGUGAUCACUCUCUUGGAACAAGGGAAAGAGCCAUGGAUCUUGGAGAAAGAAUUACCAAGAGACACUUCUGCAGGACUUCCAAUUCCCAAACCUAAGUUGAUCUCUCGCACAGAGCAAGGGAAAGAGCCACGGAUGUUGGAGAAAGAAGUCCCAGGAAGCACCUCUGCAGAUAUUGCUCCAAAGCGCAAGAGUAAUGAUGCUGCUAAUGCUUCUAAGCCUAAGAGAAGCCGUGAAGUGCUUCCCAUUAGUGAAAAAGUAAAAAUUCUUGAUAUGAUUGAAAAAGAAAAAAAAUCAUAUGCAGAGAUUGCCAGGAUGUAUGGCAAGAAUGAAUCUUCGAUUCGUGAAGUGAUGAAGAAUAAAGACAAAAUUCGUGCUAGCUUUACUUUUGCGCCUCAUACUGCAAAAGUUACUGCUACAGUUCGUGAUAGAGUGUUAGUAAAGGUGGAAAAAGUUUUAAAUUUAUGGGUGGAAGAUAUGAACAGAAAAAGUAUGCCUAUUGAUGGCAAUGUGUUACGGAAAAAGGCCCUAAGCCUGUACGAGGACUUUCGAAAAAAAGAUGAGACAGAAGAUGAAACCAAGCCAUUUAUAGCAAGCAGGGGAUGGUUAUAUAGAUUCAAGAAUCGAUUUAAUCUGAAAAACAUAAGAAUUUCCAGAGAAGCUGCAUCUGCCAAUGAGGAAGCUGCUGCCACAUUUCCAUCAGAGUUAAAGAAAAUUAUCAAGGAGGGAGGCUACCACCCUAAGCAAGUUUUUAAUUGUGAUGAAACAGGACUGUUUUGGAAAAUGAUGCCCAACAGAAUGUAUAUCCACAAACCUGCAAAACAAACACCAGGUUUUAAAGUAUGGAAGGACAGAUUGAUGUUGAUACUAUGUGGCAAUGCAGCUGGUCAUAUGAUAAAGCCUGGUGUUGUUUACCGAGCAAAGAAUCCUCGUGCUCUCAGACACAAAAACAAAAGUUAUUUGCCUGUCUUCUGGCAGCAUAAUCUCAAGGCUUGUGUCACAGAAGUUUUAUUCACUGAAUGGUUCAACAUGUGCUUUAUCCCUGAAGUGAGGAAAUAUUUAGAAAAGGAAGGACUGCCUUUCAAAGUUUUAUUAGUAAUAGACAGUGUACCUGGCCAUCCUCAGUCAAUCACCAUUGAAGAUCCUAAUGUCCAGGUUGCAUUUUUGCCACCUAACACUACCUCACUGCUUCAGCCACUUGACCAGGGUAUCAUUAGGUGUGUCAAGGCUGUAUACACCCGGAAGGUGUUUGAGAUGAUUCAAGCUACAGUUGAUGCCGACCCUGAUAUUGAAGUCAUAGACUGCUGGAAAUCAUUCACCAUUGCUGAUGCAAUAACAUUUAUCAGAAGUACAGUGGACGAAUUAAAACCAGAAAUGGUCAAUGCAUGCUGGAAGAAUUUGUGGAGUGAAGUUGUCUAUAAUUUCAAAGGCUUUCCAGGAAUUGAUGGAGAAGUAAACAAGAUUAUCCAAACCACAAGAGAAGUUGGUGGUGAUGGAUUGGCCGAUAUGAUAGCUGAAGAAGUUGUGGACCAUAUCAAAGAACGUUGUAAGGUUUUGACAAAUGAAGACUUGGAAGACCUUGUUAGAUCAUCUACAGAGGAAGAAGAUGAUGAAGAAGAAACUGAAAUUGAACCCACAAAGUGGACACUUGAAAAAUUUGGUGAAGUAUUUUGGAUGGUACAAAACUUAAAGGAGAAGAUAAUGGAUUAUGACCCUAUGAUGGAACGCAGCAUUCAAGUUACCCGUUUGAUCACAGAAGCAAUGGAACCUCUCCAACAUAUGUUUGAUGAAUUAAAAAGGCAAAAGAAACAACUCCCUAUCAUGAUGUUAUUUGAAAAGGUCAAAAAAGACAUGUCCACUAUUAACAAUCCACAGCCAUCAACAUCCUCUACUCCUGACGUCAUUCAGCAACUGUCUUCAUCGUCUCCUCUGCCUUCCCCAGCUUCUGAAGAUGAACCUGAUGAACCUGAUGAUCCUGAUGAUCCUGAUGAUCUUGAUGAUCCUGAUGAUCCUGAUGAUCCUGAUGAUCCUUCUAGCUUCUUGUCAGAAGGUCAGUAUCCUAGAAGAACAUCACAGUAUCUGCACCAUCACCCCACUUCAUCUCCUCAUCAUAGACAUUGUACAUCAUCAUCAUCAUCAUCAUCAUCAUCAUCAUCAUCAUCAUCAUCAUCAUCAUCAUGGAUUAUCACAGCAGCACUGAAGAAUGGAGAAGCUGGAUGUUUGAGACUUGUUAAUGGACCUGAUUUCUCUGCUGGUGAUAUGAUUUAAGGUUCAGUAAUUCUAAAACCUGAGAACUGCUCGAUUCAGAGACAGAAGAGCUUUAGUAUUCUGGUCAAAAUAGAUCCUAGUUCCCAGCUAGGUAGAAUUGUAAAGUUUAUAAAUCAGCUCAUACCAUUUUAUCUUAAGGAGGUAAGCUCCAUCUAAAUUUGUUUAGUAGCAUUAAAACAUUAUGUGAUAGAAUGAAUGAUUUUCUGUGGUAGGUAAUUUGGAAAUACAUCUAACUAAAUAUCAUCUGAUCAGUACUGAGUUUGUUUACUGCUCCAUCUGAUAAGCUUCUCUUUUAAUCUGGAUGCUAUUAUAUUGUGAACUGAACUGUUAAAAGAAGGUAAAAAAAAUUAACUGAAAACUAUUUUGUUAUUUUAUCAGUCCUGCUGAUCACAUUUUGUAAUAUUCUGAACUACUGAAACUGGAAAUUUACAUAGUUAAGUUUCAGCUAAGAUUAUUUGGCUAUCACUUAGGAAAAUUGAGUUUGUUCAUGAAAUUAUUAGGAAUUAUUGUCAUGAUGUUAAAACUUGUCAAGUAUUUAUAUAAGUAUUUUUAAAGUGAACAUUGAUAAUUACUGUGUGGGGAAAAGUACACAGUAAAGACCUUGUAAAAUUUCCUUGUUUGCUUAAGACCAAAGCUCUGUUCAGGAGCUUGCUGCACUGUAAAAUUUCCCUUCUCCCAUUUCAAACACAAGAGGGGGAAGAAAUUAGGAAUUUCUUUAUAGUCUAAGACUGAAUUCUAAAGAUAUAUCUGGAGUGGAUUUAUAAUUUGGAGGCUUACUAAAGUUACAUUUUUAACCAGUUUAGUCUUUUUUUUCCCCGAACCUCUAAUGUCUUAAAAUUGAUACUAAGUAUUGAUUCUAAGGCUGAAAAGUGAUAAGGGCUAGGCAGCUGGGUUAAGUGACUUCCUCCAGGAGUCACACAACUAAGAAUUAUCUGAGGCCAGAUUUGAACCUUGUUCCUUCCAACUCUAGACCUGGCUCUCUAGCCACUAAGCCACUUAGUUGUCCCUGACCAACUUACUCUUAACAAACUCUAGUCUUAAAGUUUGAUUUUUACUUUAAAGUAUAAUAAAAGACGAAGAUCUGUUAACUUGGAGGUUUACAGCAAUCAUAUAUUCACCAUCUAGGUAAUGUAAAUUUUAAACUAAUAUCCAAUAACUCUAAGUAUUAUAUUUUAUAAGAUUUAUUAAUAACCACUUGAAGUAGAAGAAAUACAAGAACAAAAGUAAAAAACCUGAGUAAAGCCACAUGAGUAAACUUCUCCUUCCUGGCACUCACCCAACUGCCCCAGUUGCGGUCCUAGGAGCAGAGGGAGAGGGUGGAGCUACACAAAAUUUUUAUCUUCCCUACAUUAGUUAGAUAAUGUAGAUACAUAAAUGGGAUACUGGGAGAUAGAGUCCCUGGGGAGCAAAAUCUUAAUUACAUAAUAUAACUCUAGAACAUAAUUAUUUUUUAGUUUCUAAUUAUAGAUAUUUAUACCAGGAUUAGCCUAGAUUCAAGGAAAAGAAGAAAAAAAGAAAAGAAAGAAAAGGACAUAAAUAAAAUUUUAAAACCUGAUUCUUUUUGUUGAUAACUGAUAUUAUUAUAACAUUAUUAGAGUAAUUUAUAUCUAGCCCAAAUCAGGAUUAAUGAAACUUCCUGUUUAAGGUUAAAUCUUAUGGGACUAUAAUUGCUAUUAUUCUAUCUGAGUCUGAUUCCAGGUAUGAUCAUUAUCUGUAAUGCCCGCAUAUUGGGGUGAGUGACAGCUGCGAACUACAGGUGAAGUUCUAUCUCAAGAGAAAGCUGGGGAGAGAAAUUUUUGAUAUGGGCUGAGGUAGGACUCUCCUUACUUGAUUUCCCUGUUAUGACAUUUCCUUUUGAAUGUAAAAUUUUCCCAGCUGACUAAUUCUAAACCUGACUGUGAUUAUUUUUGUCAACGCAUUUGGCCACCUAUAUAUCUCUUGCCUGGAAUUGACACAAGCUAUCUUUUCCUUACUAUAGCCAUGUGUGUCCUUCCUUUCCCUUUUAUAGCAACUUUCUAUAAUCAUAGUAGGCGAUAAGUAAAAAAAUAUAUAAACACAAUACUAAAUCUUUAUCUCAUAGCCUAAGGCUAGAACACAGCCAACCUAUUAUAAUAAGAUACAAGUAUAUAAGAGCUAAGCUAUUCAGCCUAAAGUUAUAGUCUUUUUCAUUCCCUAUAAAUAACUAAGUAGAUGUGUAUUUGGACUUUUCAUCUGUCUUUUUACAAAUUAAAUUUAUUCAUGCAUAAGAUAAGGUGCUCAAAUGUCUCAGAAUGGUAUGGGAAUAAUUAGACAAUGAUGUAGGAUUUAUUAAGUGAGGAUAUAAUUUUAUUAUUUAGUGAAGUUAAAUAUUUUCUUUUCUGUGUUGUAAGAAUUUUACCAUAAUUAUUUUAGAGAAGAGUGAUUUAGUGGCCUAUCUUAUCUUACCUCAAAGAGAUCCAAUUUUACUUAGAUUUGUUAUUUAAUACAGGACUAACAUAUAUAUAUAUAUAUGGAUGCUCUGAAAUGCAAGCAAAUUAUACAAGGUUUUGAGCAUAGUUAGUAACUGAAUAUGCUUUACUAUAGACAAUUUGAAUAAUUUACUAGUCUAUUUAUACAACCUAUUCCAAAUAUUUUCUUAAAAUUGUAGUAAAAUAAGCAUCUUUGGGAUAAAUUCAUUUGUGUGACCAUUUAACUUAAGCAUAGAACUCACCUGCUUACUAAGUGUGUCAUUCAUGAGUUCUUGAGUAGCAUCUUAUCCUUCAAAAGGGGGGAAUAAGCAGCUAAAAGUGUGAAUAACUGUAGUAAAUGAAGAAAAAAUUUUAAGAGAAAAUAGCAAGAUUAGAUGAUUAUAUAUGUCAAAUAUAUUUUUUCUAAUGGAAUAUAAAGUCCUUGAUCAUGUUCUAAUGUUUUAAAAGUUGGGUUCAGAAUUUUCUGAUCUUUCAGUUAUUUAAAUUUUCUAGAUAUUCCAACAUAAUAAUUUUCCAACAUAAAUAUUCCAACAUAAUAAUUUGCUAAUAUACAUUACAAGUCUUUUAUAGGUGAAGUUUAUUCCCUUUCUGAGACUUGUAUCCAAGGUGAAGAAUAAAAUAGAUGAACUCUAGAAGGUAUCAUUCUACAAGUCAGAUCUUCAUAGAUUGUUAUAAAUUCUUCCUUCAGCCUAUUGUUGGAAAUUUCUAAGUGAAACAUCUUGUUUAGAUAAGGAUAGAUGCAGCAUGGAAUAAGGGAAAAUGCACAUUUUCUAGUGUUGUGGUUCCUAAUUUGAUGUUCUCAUAACUAUUAUUAGUAGGAUUUGAACCAUAAAGUUUGAACUAUUUCUUACCACAUAACCUAGUUAUUGACAAAACAAAAUUAAGUGAUUGUAUUAAAUUUUAUUAAGAUCUAUUUUGCAAGAAAUUUUAGCAGAAGUAAAAAGAUGUCUACAGUGACCUGACCUGGAGAAACAGAUCUGCUAGAGGAAGCUGCUCUGAGAACCAGUCUCUUCCAGAAUGCCUAAGAGGGGAGAUUUCCAGAAGAACAGAUGACUGUAGUGGGAGAUAUUCUCAGAAACCAGACAACUCCCUAAAAUAGCUGGGCCCUAAGGACAUGAUGAACUGAUGAAAUGAGUUUCUAAGAAAGAGACUCUUUACCUUUCCCUCUCAUUCCUUAUCCAUGUUCUGCUGUGUGUUGUAAGGCUUACUUACUGCCCCCAUCUACUCUUGUCAAUGCAUUGGUUCGUUUCUCUCCCCCCCCUCCUUCCCUUAACAUUAUUCCCAUCAUGUUAAAAUGCUUAGUUAAAAACUAAGCCUCAUAAUUAAAAACCAUCAAUGAUGUAUUUAUCAUACCAGUAAUUGAGAAGACUAUGUCUCUCAGUGAAUCAGAGGGAAGAAUGAGGAAAAUUAAUUCUAAAAAUGUAUUAUUGUAUUAUUAUUAUUAAUUUAUAAUAUUCUCAUUUCUGUCAAAAGGCCAUCUCUUACACUAAAGAGAAGCCUCUCCCUAGCCAGUCCUAGGAAUGUCAUUGCAUUCCUACACUUAAGGCAACUCCUUAUUAACUAGGUUGGGCUGGGCCUCACACAACUGGGAACAUGAGUUCUGUUUGUAAAUAGGACCCAACUUAAGUUAUAUCCCUCUCCCAGAAGUAUGAACUUCUGUCCUUGUUCCCUUCAUUGAGGUUUGGGGAGACUUGGAUUAGGAAGGGGAAACCUAAACAGAGUGAAGUGGUUUUCUUUGCCCACAUGGCUAGGGGCUACUGAAAUCUCAUAACAAAGGCACCUUUUCAGUUGACCUCCUUGCAUUCACAAUGGGGUAAUCAGGAGGGACUGAGAGUUCUUAGUUCACUUCCUUAUUAAGUGUCCACUAAUUAGAGUUGCUAUUUUCUGGUCACAAGAGGGCCCAGUAAUGUACUAAUAGGAAGACAGGUGCAUUUAAGAGGAUCCAAGACCCUACAUCUCUGUCUUUGGUCAACAAAGAGAGAUCACUCACCAUCAAUUAUUUCUAACCUAGUUAAUAAAUUGAUUUUUCAUGC